AGCUAUGAUGACGUACAAAAUCUGCGACUCUCACUUCUCGACAUGUGGGAUUUGUUGAUCAGUGAAAAUUUGUUGCAUGUAUAACGAAUAAAGUAUUAUCUGCGUUGCGCAUAACGCGUUUAUUUAUAAGCCGACUCAGUAAAAUGGAAAACACCAACCUUCACUUCAAAACAAACUAUGCCGCUUCCAAUAAAAUUGAACCGUUUUAUAAAGGCGGAAAGGUUCAGAUUAGCAAAGAUGAGAAGUUCAUCUUUUGCACUUGUGGAUCCCGUGUCAAUAUUUUGGAAAUAAGCACGGGGAAGAUUGUGCACAGCAUCGAGCAGGAUGAUCAAGAGGACAUCACCUCCUUUGCGCUGAGCUAUGAUGAUGAGAUCCUGGUGACAGCUAGCAGGGCUCUGUUGCUGAAGCAGUGGGACUGGAAGCAGGCACAGUGCACCCGCUCCUGGAGGGCCAUUCACACCAUACCUAUAGCCAGCAUGACCUUUGACCCCACGUCCACGCUUCUUGCCACAGGUGGUUGUGAUGGGACCAUUAAGCUGUGGGACAUAAUAAAGCAGUACUGCACACACAACCUCAAGGGAUCAUCCGGUGUUGUUCACCUGGUUCACUUCCACCCAGACAUGAGCCUUCUGCAGCUGUUCUCCUCCUCUGCGGACUGUGGCAUCCGGCUGUGGGAUCUGCGCUCCAGCCUGUGCCUCUGUGUGCUCCAGAGCCACUUCAGCGCCGUCACCUCGCUAGCCUUCACCGCCAGCGGGGACACCAUGGUCAGCUCUGGCAGGGACAAGAUCUGUACAGUGUGGGAUCUGAAGACGCGGACAGCCACAAGAACCGUGCCGGUCUAUGAGGCGGUGGAGGGUGUGGCAUUGCUCCCAGAUGACCAGGAUUUGUCUCAGAUUGGCGUUCAGAACCACGACCUGCACUUCAUCACUGCGGGCAGCAAAGGUGUGUUAAGAGUCUGGGAGGCCAGCACAUCCCGCUGCGUCUACACCCAGACGCUGCCCUCGGCCACACCCGCUGCCGGAAAGGAGGGCGGCGAGCCCCAUGAUGGCGACGACCCCCGCAGCCUGACCUACUUGCUGACCAUGGGCGCCUCCCACCGGGUGGCGGCCGUCACGGCGGAGCACAACAUCACGCUGUACCAGCUACCCGCACUCAGCACGCAACAACAGUUUGUGGGCUACAAUGAUGAAAUUCUGGACGUCAAGUUCCUGGGGAAGAACGAUAGCCACAUCGUGGUGGCCACCAACAGCUGUCAGCUCAAGGUGUUUGAGCUCCUGACUAACAGCUGCCAGAUCCUGUAUGGACACGCAGACACUGUGCUCUCUUUGGAUGUCUUCAAAAAGGGCUUGCUCUUUGCUAGUUGUGCCAAGGACAAAUCUGUGCGUGUGUGGAGAAUGGAUGGAGACAGUGGCCAGGUGGUGUGUGUGGCUCAAGGGUCCAGCCAUGCUAACUCUGUGGGCUGCAUCACCUUUUCAAGGAUGAAGGAGUCGUUCCUAGUGUCUGGCAGUCAGGACUGCACAGUGAAGGUGUGGGACCUUCCUGACAACAUCACGACGACAACGGGGGACCUGGUCGGACUGAGCGCACGUGUUACGGAAAAGGCUCACGACAAGGACAUCAACAGCGUGGCGGUGUCACCCAACGACAAGCUGCUGGCGUCGGGGUCCCAGGACCGGAUGGCCAAACUCUGGUCCCUGGGGGCCCCGGGGGCCCCCGGGGCCCCGGGUGCGGGCCCGGCCCUGCUCGGGGUGUUCCGGGGCCACAAGCGCGGGGUCUGGGCGGUGUGCUUCUCCCCCGUCGACCAGGUGCUGGCCAGCUCCUCGGCCGACGGCACGGCCAAGCUCUGGAGCCUGCAGGACUACAGCUGCCUCAAGACAUUCGAGGGACACGAUGCGUCCGUUCUGAAGAUCGUCUUCGUCAGCCGAGGAACACAGCUACUUACCAGUGGUUCAGACGGCCUGGUGAAGCUGUGGACCAUCAAGACCAACGAAUGUGUGAAAACACUGGACGCCCACCAGGACAAGGUGUGGGGUCUUCAUGCCAGCCGCCAGGACCACAAGAUGGUAACGGGGUCGUCCGAUUCCACCAUCACCAUCUGGGAUGAUGUGACUGAGGUGGAGCAGGCGGAGGAGCAGGCCAAGCAGGAAGACCAGAUACUCAAGCAGCAGGAGCUGUCUAACCUUCUCCAUGAGAAGAAGUACCUGAAGGCCCUGGGUCUGGCCAUCUCUCUGGACCAGCCACACACCGUGCUCACCGUCAUCAGAGCCAUCCGUCAGAGCGAGGACAGCCGUGACCUUUUAGAGAGGACGCUGCUGAAGCUCAGAUUGGACCAGAAAGAGUCCCUGCUGCGCUACUGCGCCGUGUGGAACACCAACGCCCGCAGCUGUCUGGACGCCCAGGCCGUCCUGCAGGUGCUGCUGACGCAUCUGGCCCCCGAGGAGCUGCUGCAGUACCAGGGGGCCCGGGGCCAUCUGGAGGGCCUCAUACCUUACACAGAGCGACACAUGCAGAGGAUCGGCCGCCUGCUCCAGUCAUCCAUGUUCAUUGACUACAUGUGGCAGAAGAUGCGAGUGACUGGGUCCUCAUCCAUGUAAGACAAAAUUUGGGGAACACAUGACCAUGUGCACCCUAAUCAGAGCAAAGGGCUGGCUACUGAAGAAUAUUUUCGUCUUUGCGUCAGUCAAUGGUUGUACACGUAAUCUGGCACCAAGUCGUACACACUACGAUGUAUUGGACUCAAACAGAGCUCAGGCAUCCAAAACUUGUCAACUGCAUUCUCCAAUUCCAUUCCCACACUGCAACAAUUUUAGGACAAAAGUUAUAUAACUUUAUCCAAAGUCCCAGUGGGUGUUUGCUUCUCUUCUCAGUACAGCUAAUGUUGUGCUCAAGCUCUCAGAAUUUUCUAAUGGGGUGUAAGGUCCAUUUUUUACUAGCAAUGUUUUGCGAAAGCAAGUCUAUGACCAGAGUUUUGUUUACGAGAAGCUGCUACUUCCUUCUGGUCAGCCAAACCUCCACACCACAUUGUUUGCUUGGUCACGGGAAAGUACAAUUGUACCGUCAACGGCAACGAGAUGAGUGAUUAAUGCGUUUCUUUACUCCAGGUUGGAAACAAACGCCAAGGAAGGGUGAACAACGAUUAAAAAUUGGGUUGGGUGCCUUUGUACAACUAGACUGUCAUACCAUUGUCUGGGAAUCACACCGGUCACCCGUGAUUCAUGGCAAGUGGUGUUACAACCGGUUCUCUGAAUAAAAGCAUACAGAGGGGCCUAUUGAUAGGGACUGACAAUGGUAGGAUAUCAGGUGAACCGUGGCGGGUGCUGUUCAUGAUACCUCCUGCCCGUUUGUUGCAUAGCGGAUUAGUAUUUAAGUGUAAAUUAGUUAUUUGAUGAUGAACUCAACCAUGUGCAUUUAAUUCACCUUGUCUAAUAAUUAACUAAUUAGCUUCCAGAGAACGACUUCCAAGAUAGUUAAUUACGGCCAUUUAAACUAAGAGCGGGAUAUUGAGGAUGAAAGUAUAGUAGAAAUCCAAAUGGGUCCUGAGUCUAAGCUAGUCUGUUUCCAUGAGCAUUUUCAGGAGAAUAUUCUCUUUUCAUUGAAAUGCCUGAAAGCUGGCUCUGUAGCCAAAAAUCCCUACGAGUAGAAAGGCCGUUCCAAUUCUGUGGUAGUCUGAUCUAAUAAUAAUAAUGGAUUGAAUAUAUAUUUAGCGCUUUUCUAGACACGCAAAGAAGCUUUACAGUGAAGGGGGGACCUCACUAACCACCACCAGAUCUAGUUUACGGUGAUCAUUUAAACCAUUGGUCUGGCUCAUAUGGGUUUGAUCACUUUGUUUGGGAGUCAACUCCUCCAUUCAUUAUUUAUCUCCCCGUAUCCG